AAAGGAAAAAAAAAAAAGACAAAAGAGUAAAGAAGGAGAAAAUAGCAACUAUUAUAUAUAAAUAUAUAAGGGAAGGGUUAUAUAAAAAAAUGGGGGAGACAAAGAGAACGAGAAAUGGGAAAGAAGACGAAGGUAUAUAAAAAGGGGGGAGAAAUUAAUUAUUGUUAUUUUUACCUCUUUCUUUCUUUCUCUUUUAUUGACAUCUUUUAUAUUUAAUGCUUCAAAGACAACAAACACCUUCCUACAAUGUGCUUAUUACACGUCCUUAUGAAAAUAUUCAAAUAACAAAAAAAUCACGACAGCAUUUAAUACCUUCCAUUUUGAUUGGUAAUAAUAAUGUCCUUGAUGGGAGAAUAUUCAAAAAAUACUUAUAACAAUUCUUUCUGUAGAUUUUACAGCAAUGACACUGUGCGACUUGAUAAAGACAAGAAAGAAUAGCCGUCUUCUUCGUUCUUUACCCGAAUUUGUAUUCUUUGUACAAAAAGUGACGCAUCAAGCAAAAAUUAAUGUUAGAACAUUACUUGUAGCUCUGAUCUAUUUAGAACGAGCCAAGUCUAAUUUACCUAAACGGGCUAUAGGAAGUGAUGAUACAAUUCAUCGUAUGUUUUUAGCUGCCAUUUUAUUAGCGUCUAAAUUUUUAAAGGAUACAGCUUGGACUUCACAAUCAAUUACAAAUAGACAACUUUAUGAAAUCUGUGGAGGCUUGUUUUCUUUAGAUGAAAUCCAUCAACUAGAACGUGGAUUUCUAAAAUUAUUACACUAUAAUUGCUGGGUAGACGAAGAGAGUUUAAACGAAUUUGUUGAAUUGCAUCGUUCUGAUUUUUCACUUUAAUUUUAUCUAUCUAUCUAUCUGUUUAUUUAUUUAUUUACAUGUGUAUAUUUUUGAUACUUUAUAAUACACAAUACUGCUUUGUUUUGUGUAUGUGUACAUAAUUGAUGAUUGCUUAAUAUUUACGUAUAUUACACGCUGUAUUUUUAUACUAAAUAAACUAAGCUAUUUUAUUUGUCGAUCUGA